AGAGAAGAAAAAGCAUCACUGUGCGAACUGUACUCAGGCUCCAUAAUCUCAAUAGCCCUCGACUCUAUAAGUAGUAGUUUAUUCUGCAGAAGCCUUCCCUCUCCUUCUCCGCCGGCCCUACUUUGUGUGGCUGCAGCGCAGACGUCCCGCUGCGGACACAGAAGAGUCCAGAGGCUCCACGCGUUUCCACCAUGACCACCUCCUGGAGCGACAGGCUGCAGAAGAAUGCAGACUUGCCAGCGAACAUGGACGGCCUGGCCAUGAAGAAGUACCGGAGGGAGCCCUACCACAGGGUGUUCGUGAACCGGAGUCUCGCCAUGGAGAAGAUCAAGUGUUUUGGCUUUGAUAUGGAUUACACUCUAGCAGUGUACAAGUCCCCGGAGUACGAGGCGCUGGGCUUCGAGCUGGUGGUGGAGAGGAUGGUGUCCAUCGGAUACCCCCAGGAGCUGCUCAGCUUCGUGUACGACCCGUCCUUCCCCACAAGGGGUCUGGUGUUCGACACCAUGCACGGGAACCUGCUGAAGGUCGACGCCUACGGGAACAUCCUGGUCUGCGUGCACGGGUUCAACUUCCUGCGGGGCCCUGAUAUUCGUGAGCUGUACCCCAACAAGUUCAUCCAGAGGGACGACACAGAGCGGUUCUACAUCCUCAACACCCUGUUCAACCUGCCAGAGACGUACCUGUUUGCAUGUUUAGUGGAUUUCUUCUCCCACUGUGAUCGAUAUGCCAGCUGUGACACGGGCUUCAAGGACGGGGACCUCUUCAUGUCCUUCAAGAGCAUGUUCCAGGACGUCCGCGACUCCGUCGACUGGGUCCACGCCAAGGGAACGCUGAAGUCUAAGACCCUAGAGAACCUGGAGAAGUAUGUGGUUAAAGAUGCAAAGCUGUCCCUCCUCCUGAGCCGGAUGAACGAGGUGUCCAAAGUCUUCCUCGCGACCAAUAGUGACUACAAGUACACUGACAAAAUCAUGACCUACCUGUUUGACUUCUCCCACGGCCCAAAGGACUCCGCCCACCGGCCCUGGCAGUCCUACUUCGACCUCAUCCUGGUGGACGCCAGGAAGCCGCUGUUCUUCGGAGAGGGGACGGUGCUGCGGCAGGUGGACACGACCACCGGCCGUCUGAAGAUAGGGACCUACACCGGCCCCCUGCAGCACGGGAUCGUCUACUCUGGGGGCUCCUCUGACAUGGUGUGUGACCUGCUGGGGGCCAAGGGGAAGGACAUCGUGUACAUCGGGGACCACAUCUUCGGGGACAUCCUGAAGUCCAAGAAGAGGCAGGGCUGGAGGACCUUCCUGGUGAUCCCCGAGCUGGCUCAGGAGCUGCACGUGUGGACCGACAAGAGCUCCCUGUUUGAGGAGCUCCAGGGUCUGGACGUCUUCCUGGCAGAGCUCUAUAAGCACCUGGACAGCAGCAGCAACGAGAGGCCGGACAUCAGCGCCAUCCAGAGGAGAGUGAAGAGGGUGACCCAUGACAUGGACAUGUGCUACGGCAUGAUGGGCAGCCUGUUCCGGAGCGGCUCCCGCCAGACGCUGUUCGCCUCCCAGGUGAUGCGCUACGCAGACCUCUACGCUGCCUCCUUCAUCAACCUGCUCUACUACCCCUUCAGCUACCUCUUCAGGGCCUCGCACGUACUGGUGGGUACACACGCACGCACACUCACACACACACAGGUU